AUGGAGAAGCUGGUUAACGAGAUCUUGUGGGGUUCGGAUGAGGGCGUUUCGGACGAAGGGGGAGAUGACGCACCGGAGUCUGCGGGCGCACGGGAGUGGGAGGCGAGUGCGAACGUUACUGGAGUGGCACGAGUGGGUGCAAUGCCGGGGCCUGUGGAAGUGGUGGAGGCGCAGGGUUACGUGGAGGCGCAGAACGUGCGUAUUGACUGGUCCAAGGUGUUGCACGAGGGUGCGGAGUUUGCGAAGGACACGAUGGAUUUGCUGCCUUUGUUGAGCAACCCAUUGAGUGUGGGUGAGGUGCAUUGGCAGAAGUUGUUUGAAGACGGUGAGGCAUUUGGUAAGGACGCGUUUCGAUCGAUGGAAGCUAUUUUGGGCGAGCGUAGUGGAGACCCAGAAAUUGGACAGCAAGCUUGGUUGCAAGCGGCGUUGCGAGUGGUACACCAAGUGGUAGCAGCGACGGCGAACGAUAAUUUAUGUUCGUGGUAUAAAGAGCCGCCGAGUUGUGUGCGUGAGUUCAGUACGCGUUGUUUGCGGGACGUUGCGUCAACAUGGAGCGGACGACGUAGCGACCUGUACUGGUCAGAGGCGUUGGGUACGGGCUACUUAGAGCUGCCUAAUAAUCCAGUCAAGGCGCUGCGGGCCAUAAUUCAACUAUACUGUCUGCCCUUCGUCGACGCCAUCCACCCUGACGCCAUCUUAGCCCAACACACCACGCUGGCCCACCACAUCCCGCCCAACGCUGCUCCAGGUGGUAUCAAACCAAUCGUCCGCCCCGUCUCCGUCUCAGACCCCCUUGGCAGCAGCCAAUGGUACCUCGGCGAACUCCAAGUGAACCAGGCCUGGCGCGUCAUUGCAGAAGCACCCCUUCCCCCUACACCCGUCCUCGUCGCAGACACCGGCCUCGACACUGAACACGAAGAUCUCCGACACAACCUCUGGAUCAACGAGGAGGAAAAGGACGGAACCGCGCUCCUCGAUGACGACA